CCCCCUCCGUGAGGGCUUGGCGGAGCCGCUGUUUGUGCGCUCGGGGCCGCGCCGGGAGGGCCCGGAGGAUCGCGGCAGGAUCCGGUCCCAGCCCAUCCCAGUCGGUCCCAGUUGGUCCCAGUCGGUCCCAGCCCAUCCCAGUCGGUCCCAGUUGGUCCCAGUUGGUCCCAGUCGGUCCCAGCCCCUCCCAGCUGUGCGGUGGCUGCGGGGCCAUGGCCGCCCGCGGGGCCCAGCGGCCCAACGGGCACUCCCAGCCCAGUAAGAUCUGCCAGUUCAAACUGGUCUUACUGGGAGAGUCUGCUGUGGGCAAAUCCAGCCUGGUGCUGCGCUUCGUCAAGGGCCAGUUCCACGAGUACCAGGAGAGCACCAUCGGCGCGGCGUUCCUGACGCAGUCUGUGUGCCUGGAUGACACCACAGUGAAGUUUGAGAUCUGGGACACGGCGGGGCAGGAGCGCUACCACAGCCUGGCCCCCAUGUACUACCGAGGGGCUCAGGCUGCCAUCGUGGUCUAUGACAUCACCAACCAGGAGACGUUUGCCCGGGCCCGGGGCUGGGUGAAGGAGCUGCAGCGCCAGGCCAGCCCCAGCAUCGUCAUCGCCCUGGCUGGGAACAAGGCUGACCUGGCCAGCAAGAGGAUGGUGGAGUAUGAGGAAGCCCAGGCCUACGCCGAUGACAACAGCCUGCUGUUCAUGGAGACCUCGGCCAAGACAGCCAUGAACGUCAACGACCUGUUCCUGGCCAUUGCCAAGAAGCUGCCAAAGACGGAGCCCCAGAGCACGAGCGGCGCCGGGGGCCGGGGCCGGGGCGUGGACCUGAGCGAGCAGAGCCCGCAGGGCCGGGGCCAGUGCUGCAGCAACUGAGGGCUCUGGGAUCCACUGGGAUCUACUGGGAUCCACUGGGAUUGAACCCAGCUCCAGGGCCAGUGCUGCAGCAACUGAGGGCUCUGGGAUCCACUGGGAUCUGCUGGGAUCCACUGGGAUUGAACCCAGAUCCAUCCAGGACUGAAUCCAGGGCCGGGGCCAGUGCUGCAGCAACUGAGGGCUCUGGGAUCCACUGGGAUCUGCUGGGAUCCACUGGGGUCACAGCUGGGAUUGAGCCCAGAUCCAGCUGGGAUUGAAUCCAGAUCCAGCCAGGACUGAACCCAGAUCCAGCCCACAGGGCUGGGGCCAGUGCUGCAGCAACUGAGGGCUCUGGGAUCCACUGGGAUCUACUG